AUGUCUCGACGCCAGUCGUCGAAACCCAGUUCGCCCGAUGAUGUGCCUUCCAACAUCGCAUAUGGGAACCGUUCUCCGCUGUCGCCGCAAUCAACACUGAAUGUACCACUCAUGAUGCGCGAACGGAACGUCGAGGCAGCCAUGAUGAAGCCUCCUACGACUGGCCUGUAUUCUUCAGUCGCAGCAAGUGCGAGCAAUUUGUCCCUCUCUUCGCGGGCUGAUACGCUCGUUGGCCAUGCUCCCCCCGGUAGUGUCACAUCCAAAUACAUGCUUACACCGGAUCCGUCCAAAUGGGGCACGAACGUCUACCUCAACGUUCCCGAGCCCGAUGACCAUCUCCAUAACCCUGACCCACGUCGGGACCGACUGAAUGAUGCAGGGGGUUCUGUUUUCAAUCCCCGAGCAUUGGUUAAUUUGGGGUGCCUGCUUAUUCUUGCCUUGGCGCUCACUGGGCUAUUUGCGGUAUAUCCGAUUACCGAUAGCUUUUUGCGCAAAACAGACACUCUAGGAGGAUACAAUCUUGGUGGAAUCAAUGCCUCUGGCCAGGUACCGGAAAUUACCGGGAAUUUCGCACUCAUCGACAAGGAUACUCCCAAGUCUGCGUACACUCACAUAUCCUUGGAAGACGGAAGCGAAUGGGACCUCGUGUUCAGCGACGAGUUUAAUACCGAAGGUCGUUCCUUUUAUCCUGGAGAUGAUCCGUACUGGGAGGCAGUUGACUUACACUAUUGGGGAACAAACAACCUUGAGUGGUAUUCGCCCGACCAGGUUACUACCAGGGGGGGUUACCUUAAUAUCACCCUGGAAAAGACCCCCUGGCAGAGAUUGGACUAUAAAGGCGGUAUGAUCGCAUCCUGGAAUAAAUUCUGCUUCACCGGAGGUUACUUUGUUGCGAAUGUCUCUUUGCCCGGAAGUAGCAAAGUUCAUGGCUUGUGGCCUGCUGUCUGGUCCAUGGGUAACCUCGGGCGAGCCGGUUUUGGAGCCAGUCUGGAGGGUAUGUGGCCAUACACUUAUGAUACCUGUGACGUUGGUACGCUUCCAAACCAAACCUUCCCCGAUCAUACGCCGCAUCUGGCUACCGUCGACGGUGAUAAAGAUCACGGCUAUGUGCUUUCAUACCUUCAGGGCCAACGUCUCAGUGCAUGUACCUGCCCCGGAGAGUCGCAUCCAGGGCCGAUACGUUCAGAUGGUACAUUCGUGGGCCGCGCUGCACCUGAAAUCGAUGUCUUCGAAGCCAUUAUCAAUGAUCAUGUUGGAUACGUCAGUCAAAGUGGUCAAUGGGCACCAUUCAACUACAAAUAUGUUUGGAAGAACACAACCGAAAACUUGCAUAUUCUGAGCGAGGAAACAGAGUUCAACACAUACAUCGGUGGUGUUUUCCAACAAUGCAGCAGUGGUCUUUCAAAGACGAAUCAGGCAUGUUACGAACAAGACGGCGGCUGCUUUGCUGUCUAUGGAUUCGAAUAUAGGCCCGGAAACGAUGGCUAUAUUCUCUGGACCAAUGACAAUGAGCCAGCUUGGAAAAUGUACGGAGCUGGGAUGGGUCCCGAUGACAAUGUCAAGAUUGGUCAGCGUCCCGUACCACAGGAACCUAUGUAUAUGAUCAUCAACUUGGGCAUUUCUCCUCAGUUUGGUGGUGUGGACUUUGAACAUCUGAAAUUCCCUGCGACAAUGCUCGUCGAUUGGGUUCGGGUUUAUCAGCACAAGGACCAUCAUAACAUUGGAUGUGAUCCGCCAGACUUCCCUACGAGGGACUAUAUUAAUACAUAUAUUGAAGCUUACACCAAUCCGAACCUGACCACCUGGGUGGACGAUUACAAACAGAAGAUGGAAGUCCACAAAAAAACCAUGUCCGCUCUCAAACUCUACCCCAAUCCCCUCGAACUUCGCUUUGAGAAUCUGCCCAUCCCAGAGAUUUCUCACCCAGAUGAUGCGAUUAUCAAAGUGAUUCUCGCUGGCCUAUGCGGUAGUGAUCUACAUGCGUAUCGCGGACUAGAGCCGUUUGAUGUACCGUACGUUACUGGUCAUGAGCUCGUUGGCGUCGUUGUGAGUCUUGGGGAAAGCUUCCAAAAGGCUGCAACCGGACGCCCAGAACUCUACUCGACGCUCAAGGUUGGCGACAAGGUCGUAUCGCCGUUCACAUCGUCGUGUGGCGAAUGCCGUCCAUGUCGGAUAGGAUUUACUGCUAGAUGUGUUCAUUCCUUGCUCUUUGGUUCGCCGCACCUACCUGGAGCGCAGGCCCAGUAUAUUCGCAUUCCUCACGCUGGAGGCACUCUAUUUAGGAUUCCCCAAGAUGACAGUCUCUUGGGGACAGAGCCCGUCGCUUGGAUCAGGACUUCGGAUGCUUCCCUAAUCCUGCUCGCCGACAUUCUUCCAACUGGAUACUUUGCGACUCUUCAAGCAAUUCAGCAUCCGAACCUGGCAUAUGCGUUUGCACGUAAAGCGUUUCCGGUUAUCCCGGACUUUGUGAAUGCGUUCGUUACCGGCGGUGAAGCGAUCAAAGUUCAGGAAGACGAUGCGAAGUUAGCGUUCGCGGUGAUUGGACUGGGCCCAGUAGGCUUAUGUGCGCUGGUCAGUUUAGUCGAGCUAUUAGGCUUGAGUGGAACGUCCAAUUUUGCAAUCGUUGCGGUUGAUCUCAAUGAAGCUCGUCGAGCCAAGGCCGAGGCUAUCCUCACUGCACUUGGGCCCACUGCUGGGGGUGUGAUCAGAGUCGUAUCUCUUGAAGAUGCGCCCAAUGUAUCUAAGGAGCUUUCUGGCGGACUCGGCUGUGACGCAGUGCUUGAGAUUGUUGGGAAUAACUCAGCCCUUCAACUGGCUUACGAGUUAGUUCGACCCUUUGGUGUUAUAUCAUCUGUUGGUGUUCAUACUCACCCUCAGUUCCCUCUUAACGGCGACGCUCUAUACUCUAAAAAUGUCAGUCUUGCGUUCGGGCGAUGCCCAGUCAGAUCGAUAUUUCCCUACUGUAUCGAACUUCUCAUGAGCCGUCAAGACAUAUUCUCAGUUGGUGGUGUGGCAGGGUUGAUUGAAGGAAUAGUUCCAUUUGAUGAAAGCUCAGUGAAGGAGGCUUAUCGCAUGUUCAACGAGGUGCGCCAGAUUGCUGAAAUGGGUGCAUAUGUCAAAUUGCUUGAAUAUGAUAAUAUUGAGGGAAUGAUUUUGCUUUCCGAACUGUCUCGAAGACGUAUCAGGAGUAUUCAAAAGCUUAUUCGAGUGGGUCGAAAUGAAGUUGUGGUCGUAUUGCGUGUGGACAAAGAGAAGGGAUACAUUGAUCUUUCGAAACGUCGUGUCUCUCCUGAAGAUAUCACAAAAUGUGAAGAGAAAUUCAUGAAGUCCAAGGCUGUGGCUUCUAUUAUGAGGCACGUCGCGACUAGGACAACCGGAGCCGUGGAAGAGACGCCAAAGGAGGGAGAGGCUGCUGCGCCCAAGGAUGAUGAGAAGCUGGAAGAGUUAUACGAACAGAUCGUAUGGCCGCUUGCUAGCAAGUAUGGUCACACUUACGACGCAUUCAAGCUCGCAUUGACCUCCCCUGACGUAUUUGAGGGCCUGAAUAUCUCUCAACCAGUGCUCAAUUCUCUGAUGUCCACUAUCGCCCGACGGUUGACUCCUCAGCCUAUCAAACUGCGAGCGGAUAUUGAACUCACGUGUUUCCAGCCGACUGGAAUCGACGCCAUUAAACGCGCUUUGACGGCAGGAGAGGCGGUUAGUACCGAGGCAGUCCCUGUCAAGGCUAAGCUGGUCGCGCCGCCAUUUUAUGUCCUUGGGACCAACGCGACAGAUAAGGUUGCUGGGGUGGAGGUUUUGGAAAAGGCGAUUGAAGCCAUCAAGGCAGCUAUUCUUGAAGACGGUGGUGAAUUAAACGUCAAGAUGAAACCCAAAGCAGUUUCCGAAAGCGAAGAUCAGGAACUGGCGGCGAUCAUGGCCAAGGCAAACCAGGAGAACCAGGAAGUUUCCGGAGACAGCGCGGAAGACUCUGCUCUGGAAGAUUAA